AUGGAUGAUGCUGACGAUGAUUAUGCGGAGAAGAAGAAGAAGAAGAAGAAGAAGAAGAAGAAGGAGGAGGAGGAGGAGGAGGAGGAGGACAUUUAUGCUCCAUGCACUGAACCACCGCACAAAAAACUCCUAGCGAGUUACGGUUUGGGCAGCCAAAAUGUAAUUGAACUGAAAGUCCCCUCUGUCUGCCAAUUUCAUGUGCGUUAA